AUGGCAGCCACUGCUGCGUCAAUGUGGCCUCGUCCUCAGCAAGGUCCGCCGCCUCCGCCCCAACCACGGCCGCCGCAGAGCUAUCCCACGUGGCCGCAAGGACCGCCUCAGCAGCAACAGAUGAUGCAACAGCGCCCGCCUCAACCGCAGCCACAAUGGCAAAACGGGCCUCCUCCACCAAAUGGACAGACCAACUUCGUCCCGCCGCCGCUGCAACGACCACAAACGAACUCCUUUUACCCUCCACCAGGCGUACACGUCGACAUGAAAACAGGCAAAAUCCAGCACGACAUGCUCCCUCCGGAAAUGCCCCGCGAUGCAAAGAAAGGUGGGGAAGCAAGAGAAUACUACGAAGGCGGCCGACAAGAAUCUCAUCCGCGGCAGCGCGAAAAUUCAACUCCUUUGCAACAACAACAACAACAACAACAACAGCCGAAGCCGCAGUAUCCUCAACCUUAUGGCGCAGAGCAGGGUCCGCAUAGGUACUCCCAGCUGCAGAUCAAUGUCACCCCUGCGCGUCACACAAUUCCGAUGAUUCCGCAAGGGUAUGCAGAGUUGGACUCUGAGACGCCGGGGCGGUACAGGCCGUAUGCGGAUGACAAGGCCGGGAGAGGGAACCUGAAUUCCUCCUCCAGGCGGUAUGGCGAUGAGGAUAUGGACUUGAGGUCGCCGCCGCCUGCGUAUCGGGAGUGA